AUGACAGAGAGACGAAAGGCGUCUAAGGUGCCUAAGGUUGCUAAAGGAGAGCUACGUGUUUCCGGGUUCAAGAUUCCAAAACAUUUGGAACAAUUGAAGAGCCUGCUAGCCAAAGACGGCCUCGGUUCGAAGACUAUCCAUGAGAUAGAGCCUGGGCAGUUGGGAUCUGGUUCAGACAUAAACCAACGUCAGUAUGUCAUGUUUCGCGCGUUUUCUCCACCCAUUCUCCGUCACAGCAAGUUCCUCAAACAUGCGCACGAAUUCGGGUUAGACCAGACUUUGGACCGGGCCAAGGAUAUAGUCAACCAGUCCGCCGAGUUCCGGAGGUACCUUGCUCUUUUACAGGGCGUGCAAACAGUGUCAGGUCUGAGUCCGUCUAGUGUGGCUUGGCCCGGGGCGUUCAAACCGACGCGUGAUACUCAAGAGCAAGUCGUGACAGUCAAGGGCGUGUCGACUCUUGAGAAGAGCCAAAAGUCAAGACCUGGUGGAACCAGAGAAGCAACUGGGGCUAGACAAGAAAACUUGAGCACCGGAAAAAAGACGAUUGGACGAAGUCUCGGGCGUAAAGUUGCCGAUGUGCUCAAACGGGGUCGCUCUUCAUACGACUCAGAAUCAGAUUCGAUGUCCCGCUCCAUAUUCGAUGAUCAGACUAUGGUUUCCAGUGAAGAUGACGACCCGACAUAUGUUGACGAUGACGACAAGCUGCCAGAUGCUGACGACGAAACAAGCGUCAACACGGCGCUCAUUCUGCUCUUGAAGGAGAUUUCGCACCUGAUUCCGAACAUCAAGUCGGAUUGGACCGUCGAUCACCUCCGCUUCUCGCCGCGAUUCCGUAAAGCGUCGUACACCGCGAUAACAGACGGCGGACUACGAUCAAAGACGAAUCAGGCUGUUCUUUACAUAGUAGAAGCAAAAAGAAGGGUUCGGUCGCGAAAAUACGAAGAGAUCGUGAUGCAAGAAGCCGCAGAGCUUGUUGGCUGGAUCCAGAAUGGAGACUCGCCCCGUCCUGAUCUCAAGGGACAGCACGAACUAUAUGUGACAUUCGCGUCAUGCUCUCCCGACUACCAGGGAUACUUGAACCCCAAGAUCGGGCUCGCAACACCAGAUACCCAUAUGAGAAUGCAAACUUUUGGCCCUUAUAAUACGCUUAAAGGCCACCAUAUGGAAAACUUCGCCAUCAUUGUGAUCAGCCUGAUGCUUCUCGCAGAGGAAGCUUUGUAA